UGAUCAUGGAAAAUCCGAGGUGUUUUGGAAAGGAAAUUGUAAAUUCAUGUGUCUAUCAAUCGAUGGAGACAGGGAUGAUAGUUGAAAAAACAAAAAAACCAUUUUCUAUGAUUCCAAGAGUAUUUGCAAUAAGUUUAGAUGAGAAAGAAAAUAAAAUAUUUAGAAGAGAAUCAGAAAGGAUAUAAAUUGAGAUUGAGAAUGAUAAGUCAAAAGAGAUAAAGAAUCCUCAAAAUAUACAUUUGUAUAAAGAUGAGAUUUUUUAACAUUUAUUGAUGGAAGAGGUAUUAAAUAAUUACUGAUUAUUUAGAAUAAAUAUUAAAUAGAUUAAUAUAUGACUCCUGAGUUAUAGCCGAAUAUAAAUAUUAAAAUGAGAGCAAUUUUAGUAGAUUGGUUAAUAGAUGUGCAUGCUAAAUUUAAGUUAAAAGAUGAAACAUUAUAUCUUACCAUAUCUUUAAUAGAUAGAUAUUUAUCAAAGGCUGAAGUUACAAGAUUGCGUUUAUAAUUAGUAGGUGUAGCAGCACUCUUCAUAGCAUGUAAAUAUGAGGAAAUAUAUCCACCUGCAUUAAAAGAUUUUGUAUAUAUUACUGAUAAUGCUUAUGUAAAAAGUGAUGUUUUAGAAAUGGAAGGUUUGAUAUUGUAAGCUUUAAAUUUCAAUAUUUGCAAUCCAACAGCUUAUUAAUUUUUAUCAAAGUUUUCAUCUGAAUUAGAUUCUAAAAACAAAGCUUUAGCAUAAUAUAUAUUAGAACUUGCUUUAGUUGAAUAUAAAUUUAUAGUUUAUAAACCAUCUUUAAUAACAUAAGCUGCUAUAUUUUUAGUUAAUAAAAUAAGGUAUUAAAUAUAUCCAACUUUAUUCAUAGAUGUCCAAACUAUAGAACUUUAAAUGAAGCUUUGUUAAAACCUUGUGCUAAAGAAUUAUCUUAAUUAUUAUAAACAGCUGAUCUUAGUUCAUUAUAAGCUGCAAGGAGAAAAUUUAAUUCAACUAAAUUUUAUGAAGUUUCAAGAAUUAAAGUGGAAAAAAUCAGUAAAUGA